ACGACGCCGCCGCCGCCGCCGCCGCCUCCCCUCAGCCUCCCGGUCUCUCCUCGCAAUCCUUCCAUCUCUCUCGCCCCCUCUCCCUCCGUCCCGUCCUCUCCGCUCCCCUCACUCCGCCUCUCUCCCCCUCCCCCAGCCCCUCCUCUCCUCACCCCACCCUGCCUCCCUCCCUCCCUCCCUCCGUCCGCCCGCCCGGCGCUCGCUGAGCCGACACCAGGGGGGCUCUCGAUGUAGCACCAUGACAGGCAUCGCCGCCGCCUCCUUCUUCUCCAAUACCUGCCGAUUCGGGGGCUGCGGACUCCACUUCCCCACCCUGGCCGACCUCAUCGAACACAUCGAGGACAACCACAUCGAUACAGAUCCACGUGUUUUAGAAAAACAAGAAUUACAGCAGCCAACCUAUGUUGCCCUCAGUUACAUUAAUAGAUUCAUGACAGAUGCUGCCCGCCGAGAGCAAGAGUCCCUGAAGAAGAAGAUUCAGCCCAAGCUCUCACUGACCCUGUCCAGCUCCGUGUCUCGAGGGAACGUGUCCACUCCACCACGACACAGCAGCGGAAGCCUUACUCCCCCUGUGACCCCGCCCAUCACCCCCUCCUCUUCAUUCCGCAGCAGCACCCCGACCGGCAGUGAGUACGACGAGGAGGAGGUGGAUUACGAGGAGUCGGACAGCGAUGAGUCCUGGACCACAGAGAGCGCCAUCAGCUCCGAAGCCAUCCUCAGCUCCAUGUGCAUGAACGGAGGGGAAGAGAAGCCUUUCGCCUGCCCGGUUCCUGGAUGUAAAAAGAGAUACAAGGAUUUGGGCAAGGAGCUCCCACAGUGGCAGAGAUGAUGGCCUGAUGCAGAGGAGGAAAUGGACAAAAAUUCCAAGUAAGGUAGGGAUUAUCAUGGUUGGCUGGGAGCAAGACAUAAGCCGAGUUUCCAAAUCAAGAAUUUAUACAUGUCUUUAUUGCCCUAACUUGUGUUUUUUUUCUUUAGGUAUUUUCUGGCCAACCUGAGUGUACUUUUAUUUCAUUGUUCAUUGUUAACACUUUUCAGAGUGGAAAAAUUCAGAGAGAACUGUGCUUCUUUAUACAGUUUGUGAGUCUCAGAUCCAUAUUUUAUGUAAAAUUCAAAGUGAGUCCUUCCAGAGUAACUGUGGUAGAUUUGAAGUUGCUUUGGGUUAGCUGUGAGCAUGACCCAGUCUGCCCAGCCCACGAUUAACGCAGCAGGCCGCAUGAAGUCACAGCUGGAGUUCAUGCAAAGCCUACUCUGUGUACAGCUGCCACCCAGAUGUCCAGCUACAGUCAGACCCACGUUGAGGUUUCCCCCCCAUCGGACAGACAUCAUGUGACUCCAUCUAACAGGUAAUAUUU